AUGUCCAAAAAGCUUGGAUCAUCAUACGUGGUUUAUAUGGGACUGAUUCCCUUUGAUUGGGAUGAUGCUGUAAUCAAAUCUGUUGUAUGUGGAACUGGCAGUGUAGUUGACGUCAGACUUGGAUUUGACUACGUAGGGAAGAACAAAGGAUUUUGCUUUAUUGAGUAUAUAUCUCAGUCGGACGCGUCAAGAGCUAUGCUGUUAUUGGAGCAGAUGAAGAUUGUAAAUCCUCAGACCAAUCAGAUCAAGAAGAUACGAGUUGAACUCUCUAAAGAAUCAUUAAAGGUGAAUCAAGAUAAUGACUUUAAACAACCUUUGAUGCUUACGUUUAAUAAUUUACCAGAUAACGUAAUAUUAGCUCGGGAACAAUAUGUCAAUGGCCCCCCCUUACCUUCUACAAAUAUGGGGCUCAACAAUACUACUACCACUACUAAUCCCAAUCUGUUUCUUCCUAAUAUUCCACCUCAACUUCCUCCAGUUCCUCAGUACGGAUAUAACAAUGGAUACAGUAACAAUAAUAACAAUAAUAUUAAUAAUAUUAACAGUAAUAAUAAUCACAAUAAUAAUAUUAACAAUAAUAAGAACAAUAUUAAUGUCAUAAAUAAUAAAUUGAAUAAUUCAACUCAACCACAGUCCAAUUCCAAUACUUUAGGCCCGGAAUUUACCAAUGCAUCACAACGACUUCCUCCUCAACCUGAAACGUUACCGUUUGACGUUCUGGGUAACAUUAAUAAGACCCUUAGUCAAAUUCCACCGGUACUGUUGAUUGAAUUCAUUUCUAAUUUGAAAAAUACUCUCAAUGGACCCAAUGCUGGACAAGCAGUCAAUGUGCUUCAGCUUUCGCCCAACUUGGCUUCUUCCACGGCCCAAGCAUUGUUGCUUAUGGGGUUUAUAGAUGAACAAGUGAUCAAUGAAGCUGUUACCAAUGUUCAAAACCCAAGAUCUGCAUCUCAUACUCCAGUACCACUUCCUCAGAAUAUCUUACCACCACCACCUCCACCACCUCAACAACAGCAGCAAGGUUAUGGUGGAUACUCCAUUCCUGGUUCCAAUAAUUAUGGAGCUACGGUGCCUAAUUAUCCUCCACCACCAACAGCGGUUAAUCUUAAUCCUAAUUGGGCCCAUUUUUCACAUUCUACGCAAUCGAAGUUGGCAGCAUUACCAUCAAAUGAAGCAGACGUUAUUGUUCAAGUCUUGAAUCUUCCUGCGGAUCAAAUUAGUUUAUUACCAGCGGAACAGCAGGGAAUAUUCACCAAUAUCAGGGCCCAGUAUCUUGGAUAA